UACGGAAGUAGCGUGCACUUUUAUUAAGCAUCAUACACCAUCUCAUACCGGCGAAUUGGUAAAACGUCAUUAAAUUUUAUGAUCGACUUUGUCCGCGUUCACAAAACAAAUGCCAAAACAUCCUUAGCGUUGACUCUGCGAUUCUUUGUCGUUUAUUUAUACUGUUAUAACUUAUCUUUGCAUUAAACAGAAUCAUACCUAACAGGUUGCUGUAGGUAUGAAUAAUUUUAAAGAUCCUGCCUCGCCUGCGAACGAAAAGCGGACGAAUAAUCACCAAGAUCACGACUCUCACUGUGGAACCGAUGUGGCGCGCGCACGAUGGGCUCUUCUACGACAUGUUCUGAAAGAGAAGCAGCUCGACAGCUCUGAUGUUCAGCAGGUAUCAGUGCGCAGGUUCUCCUCCUUUAACUUGUUCUCCAGGAGCAGGGUCACUACCACAGAGACGGGUGACCCGUCAGAUGGCCCGUGGGUGGAAUACAGAAGUACAAUCUUUCCCCAGUACAGUGCCUUACUCAGAGACAAUCUUGGCCCCCUUAGAGUGGAUGAGGUGCUCAACAGCUUCGACAACACAGGGAAUGUCUGUGUUUGGCCCUCUGAAGAGGUUAUGGCCUACUAUUGCCUAAAGAAAUGUCACAUGUUUACGGGCUCCUCGGUGUGCGAGUUGGGUGGAGGGAUGACAUGUCUUGCUGGGCUCAUGAUUGCAGUUUGUGCUGAUGUGAAGGAAGUUCUGCUAUCUGAUGGAAACGAGAAGGCGAUUCAAAAUGUGCGCAGUGUUAUAGAGCGUAACAGGCGAGAUGGGCUCCUCCUGUCUUCCAAUGUGUCCACCAGGGUCGUGAGAUGGGACAAUGAGGAUGAUGUGUCUUCUCUGGAGGGUCGCUUUGACGUGGUGAUGUGCGCUGACUGCCUGUUUCUUGACCAGUACAGAGGCAGUCUGGUUGAUGCACUAAGAAGAUUACUGCGACCUGAUGGGACGGCUCUUGUAUUUGCCCCUACCAGAGGGGACACACUUGCAGAAUUUUGCAGACUGGCAGAGAGCGCGGGCCUGUGUGUAUGUCGCUAUGACAACUACGACUCAAACGUGUGGGACCUUCACCUAAAGUGAUUCAUUGACAUACAGCAUGCCAAGUCAGCAGGCACAAGAAAAAUGCAGAGAGAAUCCAAGGAGGUGUAUGACGAGAACAUUCACUAUCCUCUCCUGCUGACUCUGACUCACGGCUCCACUCCAGCUCUGAUCUGAGCUGGGCAAAGCCAUCUCAUGCCAGGCUGCCUUUCUGCACGGCCCACCCCGGCUUUGCCACUGUGUCCCCAGCCCGGUGUGUGUGUGCGCCAGACCUCAAGCGGGCCGUUCACUCUCCUCAGUUCUGCUAACUUUUUAUAUCCUCCGAGUGUGUGUGCUUUGAAAAUAUAGUGUGUUGGUGUUGAUCUGAUAUGGCGAGUGUGCGUGUGCUUGACCCUUUUACUGUGUGAUGAAUUGCGCUAAAUAGGGAUGAGAUCACAUCCCGCCCUCUCAUACUACUAAAACCGCAAAUGUGUGGCUCAGAUGUGUAAGUGUGUGACUUCAGAGAUGGUGAUUCAGGGGAAAACAAUAUGAGAUUAUUUAAAUUCAAGAUUUAAAUGUUGAGGUUGAUACACAUAAUCAGGUUUGCAGGUUGUUUCGAUCAUCAGGUCAGUUUUAUACUAGCAUUGGUUCUGUAUCUAAAGUUUUAUUUUGACACCAAAGGUUGAGGGGUUGACUUGGAUUUUGCUGUGCUGAAUGUUAUUUGCUUCACUGUGAAAUGCUUUCACUUGUCAUUGCUUAGCCAAAAAACUGACAAGAUAUGAUAAAUGAGGUCAGACUAAGACUGAAUUGAUGUCCUCACAGCAUCACAUGACCAACGGUAUGACCAGCAGCACUGUUCUACACCGUCCUGAGGCCUGCACAUUCAGAGAGAUGAACCUGAAAUUUUAUCGUCAUUUACUCACCCUUUUUCAACUACUUUUGUUGAAUGGUUACGCAUUCUUUGUGGGUAAGGGUGAGUAAACUUUUUUGAGUAAACUUCUUUUGUACUGUACAAAAUAAAGUAAAAAGGCAUAUCAGUAUA